UAAUUGACGCAACGUGACGUGACGGAACGUGAACGUGACGUGAUGUUGUAUGUGAAUCGCACUUUAUACUGCAGUAUACGCAAGGAAGCCACUCGAAAGCUUCAACACCUACACAUCAAACAUAAAUGUUUCCGUUCCCUCUGUUUUCACUUCGAUAAGAGAAACAUUUGGCACACUUCGAUUUGAAAAUAGGUUUUUCGAGAAGUUCAAUUUAGUUCUAAAUGUAAGUUUGUGAGUUCACUAUGGGUAUUCGAUCGAUGGAGACAUUUCUUCGAAAAGUGGUUCCGAAUGGAUUUUUCAAAAUAAACUUCGAAGAUGAAAUCCGUAAAUACUACGAUGCUGAUCCGAAAGCUCCAGCGCCGAUUAUUGUUAUCGACUUGAUGGCGAUGAGACAAGCAAUGUGCCAAGUUGAUGUUGAUGGACAGAUUUGCGGUGGGCGGCUUAAGGUUGCGUAUAACCUAAUGGAUGAAUUCUUCACACGACUCAAAAGUUGUGGUGCGAUAUUGGAAUUCAUUUGCGAUGGUCCAUUACCGCUACUUAAGUAUGGCAGAUGGUGUGACCGACAGAAAGAUUCGUAUCAAAGCAUGCUGGAGCUUUAUGAUCGAAUUGAUCGAGGAUGCUUCACACCGGAUUUGAUUAUGGAGGACAUAUUCGUCUUUCAUUGGUGCUAUCCACUGAAGCAGCUGGCAAGGAAACAUGGCCGUUUAAUAAUUUCAUACGAGAUGGAAUGUGAUCAGCAGCUAGCGGCGUAUGCAACAAAUGCAAACGCUUUGGCAAUUUUGUCAAACGAUACUGAUUACAUGAUAUUCGCUGGUCAAUGGCAUCUGUGGUCUUCCAGAGAUAUCAAUUUUCAAACGAUGAGCACACUGGAGUACAAUCGACGAGCUUUGCAGGAGACUUUGCAACUCAGUUACCCACAAAUGGCUCUCUUGGCUUCAUUAGCCGGCAAUCAUACGAUUGCUUACAGCGAAGUCCAACAUUUCCACGCAAAACUUGGCAAACUAAAGGAUAAAUUUCAUAACUUGGCCCACUUUAUACGGCAGCAUCCAGACAAUUGGCAUCGUGUGGAUGAACUACGCAAGCUACUGACGCGAGUCUUUGGGAGAGCAGCUGUGAACCGAGAUUUAAUUGCUCGAUUUCAGCAUAGUUUGAACACCUAUAAAACGAAUUACCGCUCUUGUAAUUUAGAUCUAUCGAAAGAUAACAUUCUGACCAUUCUGCAGGAACGAGGCUGUAUUUUUCAAUGCACUGCUUGGCUUGGAAAGUCUUACGAAGUCUCGAUUAGUCAAAUCGAUUUACGAGCAGAUCAUUUUGGCACGCGGUUUCCACCAAUGAUUGUCUCAAUUCUGGCGCGCCAGGCAGGGAUUAUUUUAUAUCACAAGCGAAAUCAGCGUCAAAUUACUGAUUUUAGCCAGUUUAAAUUGCUUAUCAAGCCUUCGCAUGAUGCUGAUUUUUCACUUCACCAGCAUCGUGCAGUAUUUCCAAACAGUAUCGAGCCACCAUCGUUGGUGGAUCUUCUAUCGAAAGAACCAGGGAAACGAAAACAUUUGCAAGAUAUUAAACUACGGAUCUACAGCUGGAUCGUUUCCGAUACGCUGAGCAAUCUGCGAUUGAAAUCGAUUCCGCAAAACAUCCUGGUGACGGCCGUCACUCUCUAUUGCCUCGUUGAAAACCACUUGUUAAAACAUUUUGAAGCGGAUUUGUUACUACAAGUGGCGUACGAUGUAAUCAACGAUAAAUAUGACUACCGCGUAGCUCAACUGCCGUUACAACUCAACGGCAGAGCAUAUCGUAUUACCUUUCUCUACCUUUACAUGUAUAAUGAGCUUCAGAAUGCAUUCAAAGGACUUGGUUUAAAUGAAGAAGACUUGAACGACUAUCCGCCCUUUGACGGAAUGCUGUUCCAGAAUCGCUUCCAGGACUCGAGUCAACAAGAGAGUAAUUUGGAUGAAAUAAGAGACUGGAGAAUUUAUGAUGGCUUGGUUUAGCGAAAGCAGAUAUGGUAUUGUUGUAUUAAAACAAAAAUAUAUAUAUAUAUAUACAUAUAUAAUCACAAGUAAACUAAUCAAAAACCUGCUGAUUGCUAUUAAACUAUUUAUCUUAUAUCUAAUGUAAUUAAUAUUGGGCACGAAUUGAUCUGUCCCACCGGAUAGUUUACAAAAUAUACUAAUAAUAUACAAUUAUUUUAUUUUAUUGCUAGCUGACCCGGCAAAUGUUGUUCUGCUAUAUAAACUAUUUCUAGUUAAUUUUGUGGUUGGAAAAUAAUAAAAAUAACUAUUGUGUAUUUGAAUGUUUGAAUGAUUUAUAAAAUUAAUCGAGUUGAUUCGAUCAAAUAGAACAAAAAAGCGAAAGUGUGUUUGAUGUGCAUCAUGUCGUAAAUGACGGUGCGCAUUGUCAUUCGGUAAUCGACAUACGCGUUUUAAUUGGUCCGGCAUGUAAAGAGUCAAAUUAAAUCGACGUUUAAUUGUUUGAUUCGCGUUGAUCGUGAAAAUGGAUAAACGAAAGGUUUCCAAUGGAAGUUUCGCAUUGAGUGCGACAACAGGUAUGAAACAUAAUUUGAGGAUAUUAUUUUCCUGUAAUGUAAUCAAUGUUUUUGUCACGCGAAAAUAAUGUCAAUUUUCAUGACAUUUCAAGUUACAUUCGAAUGCCCCUCUUAUAUCAUGGACAGACAUACAGCUGUACUUGCGUUGUACUUCGAAAAUUGUAUGUGUCACCAUGUACAGCGCUAGAACCAUGCAAGCAACUCGGUACAAUCGCUGUACCUGUACCGACCUAUUUUACCGCUGUACAUGGCUUCAGUUGUACUGUGCGCAGUGCCAUAGACGGUUAGUGGUGGGUAGCAUAAACAAAACGAAUCAAAACAUUUGGUAUACAUUCUUUUCAUUGACUUUCUCUUGAGUUAAUAACUUAGAUUGGAAACAUAUUUGUUGUGUUCGAUAGUUUAGACGCUGAAUAAAAACCUUUUUCAUUGAAAUAUUGGUGAAAAUACAAUGCAAUAAAUUCAAACUUCUGAUUGUCAGUCUGACAUGCGGUACAAUGUACAACCAAAGUAUGUGUGUCAUGCUAUCGUGGUACCUGUACAACGCUGUACACGUACAGCGCUAGUACAGUUGUAUGUUUGUCCAUGGUAUUAGCAAAGCUUCCAUUUGAAUAUGGCGUCGAUUGUUUACAAAAUUCGGUUUUUUAGCUGGUCCAAGUUAACGUUCGCCCAGUUAGCGAACGAUUACUGUAUAAAUCGAAUCGAGAAGUCGAUACAAUCAUAAUCACUAUCACACCAAGCAAAAUUUCGUAUUUUGUAAAUCGAGAUAAUCUCUUACCGAGCUCUAAUUUCCUGUGUUGCAAUUGUAUAUAUUUAGGCGUUUCUCAAAUGUUUUCCAAAGGAAAAAGGAAAAUAUCAGGGGUGCAAAAAAAAACCAACAUAAUUCUCUGACACUUUGCGACAAAUAAACCAAACCACUCGAAAAAUUCUGACAGUUUCAACAAUAACUAUCACUCGGUCGAUGCUAUCGACAUGCUCGGAAUCUAUAAUAGUAAAAUAGACCUAAUGAGCAAAACUCUCACUGGCUCGAUUUCUAUAAUAGGGCCCAUUAAAUCGUAAAACUUGCCAUAUUCUGAGUUGUAAAUAAAGUGGAAUCGAGUCAAAAUCUUAUAUAAUGAUGAUCAUAGAAUACAUUAUCUACAUCUUAAAUCGCAUAAAAAGUGAGAGCCUCGAUUCUAUCACCACUACAGACUUAACUUCAAUUCGGUAUCGGUAAUCGAAUUUUCAGGUGGAAAAACGACCGAACGCAAAAAUUUUUUUUCGAGAUAACGGUAAAUAUUGACGUUUUGAGCAAUUAUUUGGCAUUCACUACAAUAGAUCAAACUAAUGGUCGCAGUGGUACAAUGCUCCUACAGAAGAAUUAUUUGGCAUCAAAAAAAUGAGUGGGUUAUAUCUAUGAUAUAACCGCAAGGUUGACGUGGAACUACCUUAGCUUAGCAAUCAUUCGUUUGUAUUGAUUAAAUUCUUGAUUGAAUGAAACAGUUUCCAAAUUCAAUUGAGUUCAAUAUAUUUUCUCUGUGAGUGAAAAAAAUGAACAAAUGCCGUGUAAAGUCAAUUCAUUUAUUGUGAUUGAUUGUUCUUCGUUACAAGUAAAUUUAAUGACGGACCUUUCACGUUUGGUAUGAUGACUAGAACAAAAUAUAUGUACGGAAGAAUUAUCAAACGUUUGAUGAACCAGCCUAAGGCUGAAAAUCUUUCCAAUAAAGACAAAAAAAAAUUAUCAAACGAUUAUUCUAUUUUACAUUUCCCUCUGAAGUUUACAUCCCAAAAGUGUACAUACUUCUCGAAUCUCGAAUUUGCUUGAAACUGGGAAGUUCAUUCGCUUCUAGUGUCUGCACGAUUUUCCCAGGUUCCUAAGUUUAGAAGAUCAUGUUAGGACAGACAUAUUCCACUCUGCACAAAGGCAAGCGAGGACAAAAGUACUCGCAGUUUGCAUUUAUUUGCAGAGCCGAUUUCCCCAGAAACCUCGGUUUUGAAGUCUGUGUUAGGGAAACACAUUUCAAUCGGAACAAAAAUACCCCCGAUUUGUAUGAAUUCGCAAUGCCGAUUUCCCCACGCUUCAUGGAUUUGAAGUCUGUGUUAGGGAAACACAUUCCAGUCGGAACAAAAAUACCCCCGACUUGCAUGAAU